AUGAGAAAUCACACAGUGGUGACUGAAUUCAUCCUCCUGGGAAUCCCAGAGACAGAGGGCCUGGAGACGGUGCUUUUUCUCCUGUUCUCAUCAUUGUAUUUGUGUACUGUCCUGGGAAAUGUGCUCAUCCUUACAGCUAUCAUCUCCUCCUCUCGGCUUCACACCCCUAUGUAUUUUUUCUUGGCAAACCUCUCCACGUUUGACCUGGGUUUCUCGUCAACAACUGCUCCCAAGAUGCUGUCAUAUCUUUCAGGGCAGAGUCAAGGUAUCUCUUUCCAGGGCUGAGCUACCCAGCUCUUCUUCUACCACUUCCUGGGAUGUACUGAGGGUUUCCUAUACACGGUGAUGGCCUAUGACCGCUUUGUUGCCAUAUGUUAUCCUUUGAGAUACAUGGUCAUAAUGAAUCAUAGAGUCUGCUCCAUCUUGGCCACAGGGACCUGGAUGGGUGGCUGUGUGCACUCCAUUAUCCUAACCUCCCUCACUUUCCAGUUAUCCUACUGUGGCUCUAACAAGGUGGGCUAUCACUUCUGUGACAUACCCGCAAUCUUACCUCUAGCCUGUGAGGAUACAUCUCUAGCCCAGAGGGUAGGUUUUACAAAUGUUGGCCUUUUGUCUCUCAUUUGCGUUUUUCUCAUCCUUGUUUCCUACACUCGCAUUGGGAUCGCCAUAUCAAAAAUUCACUCAGCAGAGGGCAGGCAACGAGCAUUCUCCACCUGCAGUGCACACAUCACUGCAAUUCUUUGCGCUUUUGGGCCAGUAAUCAUCAUCUAUCUACAGCCCAAUCCCAGUGCUUUGCUUGGUGCUAUAAUUCAGAUACUGAAUAAUCUUGUAACCCCCAUGCUGAACCCCUUGAUCUAUAGCCUGAGAAAUAAGGAUGUAAAAUCAGCUCUGAGAAAAUUCUUGUACUGCCUGGACCUUCUCCCAGCACCACCAUCCUCCCCAAAACAUUUUUUAGUUCAUUAA